AUGGCUCACCAAGAUUCCAGUCUACAAGCCACUGAACCUGCAGAAUUUCGCGGUGUACCACUGGAUGAUAUUCCAAAUCUUUUUAAGCAGCCACCAUUGCUCGUUGAUAUGCAGGAUAUUCGUGAUCCUGCUCAUGCAUUUCUCAUUAAACCAUUCGCGUAUGAUCCAUCAAAACCUGAUAACGAACCAGAACCAAUUCAUGCAGCUGGUGUUUAUGUUGACAAAUGGGAUGACGAUCAUGUUCGAUUACCAUGUUCUCCAUACAAUCUAACAAAUAAGAACAACCCGAAAUGGUCUAUCAUCCAAAAUGCACUAAUUUACCUACAACAAAAAUGUGUUGAAAACAUUGCAUCUGUUUAUGAUAUCAAAGAAACUAUCGAAAAUUGCAAUGGAGCUCAGUUCGAUAUAGGUUGUCUUGAACACUUGCUUGACAAAGUGUACAAAGAAGAUGAACGUGCACAUUUUAUGACGAAAGUUCUUCCUGAAAUGAUUUCAUUUGCUCUGAAUGUCGAUACGAUAUGUACCGAGCCACCUAUUUUACUACGUAUCGGUGGUAAUCGAGCUUUAACUUUCUCGCAACGACAAGCAGCAUCAUUAUUAGCUUGUGCCUUCUUCUGUCUCUUUCCACGCCAAUCCCAUGGACACACGUAUCAGAGCAUCAAUUUCAACAAACUUUUCGAACAUGGACCACCGUGGAAAUUAGAAAAACUGAAAUGUCUUCUACACUAUUUCUGGCGCGUUACUCAGAACAUGCCUAAAGGUGUUCUUACAUUGCGACGUUUUACUUUACCCGAUCAGUGGAGACCGAACUGGACGGAAUCUCAAACUCCAAUGUGCAGUCUUCAUGUAAACAAAAAUACAACUAUUGAGGAUAUGGCUGGCCUUUUACAAAUUGACUUUGCUAAUGAAUUUAUCUUAUGCAAGCGAAUGAAUGUAUUUUUCUAUUUGGCUGUGAACAAUAAUACCGGCAGAGAUAAUUGGGGUCGAAGACUAUGUCAUGUCGUCGCAAUGGAUGCGAUCUGUUUUUCGAAUCCAUGCGAUCAGUACUUUCCUGCAUGUAUAGGCCGAGAAUUAGAUAAAGCAUUCACAUGUUUUCGUCUUCCACGAUCGUAUGAACAAAGAGUGUAUGGCAUAGCAACGGGCAACUGGGGGUGUGGUGCCUUUCGUGGCAACAAAGAACUGAAAGCAAUCAUUCAGAUAAUGGCUGCUUCAGAAGCACGUCGUCCAUUGGCUUAUGCAACAUGGCACGAUCAAAACCUAAUGGAUUCAUUGUGGACAGUCUAUGAAUGUUUGUUACGACAACAAGCAACUGUGCGUGAUAUUUCCAAGUAUCUUUUGGAAUACGUCACUAGACGUCCUCAAUUGUCACUGUUCGAUUUUAUUCGUACUACACCUAUUUCAUCCUUACAAAUCAAGCCAUAG